AGUCGGACUCUUUCUGAUGAUGAUCUGCGCAUGCGCUCUGGCUCAGUAACCCAUCAGGAGGAUGGCGGAGGAGGACACUAAAGAGGAUUUUCUGGUUCCUGACGGUGAAACAGAACAACCAUCAGCGGACGGAGGAGCUGCUCUGAACAUCCCGGUAAACCUGCUUCACUCUCCGGCUUCACUUUUCAUGAUUUCGGUAAAAAAAAUCGUCGUUUUAACGUUGAUGGCUAACGUUAGCUAAGACGGUCUGAGGCUCGUUCUGUUGGGACAGUAAUGUGUGUUUUCUUCAGCUUUUUACGGGAUAUUUCCUCGUUUUUAGGUCAAACAAACCUUUCAUCUCAACACAGUCCUCUUUAGUUCACCCUAAUCCAUCUUCCUUCGUCCUUAAACCUAAACUAAUGAUGUCUGUUGGUCUUUAAAAAAGACGAUUUUAAUGUCGAAUUUACUUUGUGCUUGUAUCUAUAGAAACAGCUUUUGUCACCUCAUAGAUUAGGGUUAUUUUCAUGUGUGGUUUUAAUACAGUUUGGUACUGACAGGGGCGUUCUUCUGCUGUUUGAGGGUCAGGGCUAUGAACAUGAAAAAAGGGCACCCCUGGUAUGAUAGGGGCACCAGGGCACAGAAAGAUCAGAUUUAGAGAUCGAUGGAUUAACCUGCAUUCAGUAGAUCAAUACUUGACAUUUUUUCUUAAAGUCCUGCUCCAAUAGUAUUUUUUUAAUUGAUUAAAAUGUUCUCAGUUAUCUUUAUUUUGUGAUUAUGAAGUUUUUAGUCAAAAUCAUGAUACCUGUGUCAUUUUUAGGACCUUUCUUCUGCAGAGCUUCAGAAGCUCAUUAGUGAUUCGCCUCUGAGUCGUGGGCGGAGUCAGCGCUGCUCUGCACACUCGUCUUCAUGCUAGCUUGUAGCCGAACACAGCUGAUGUUGUCGUAGAAGUAGCAGGUAACAUCGGAGUUAGCUAAUAUCCUGAAUUAGCUUUCUUACGAGCAUUUCAAUCUGCUAACGCACACACUUGGUCCGCCAUCGUUCUCUUUACUUUUCGGGGUCUGACCUGCAGAGCGGGAUGCUGGGGGCGGAGCCUGCUGUUUGGGUCUGUGAGAGGUUCACGGCGGUUUAAACGCAGAAAUACUCAGAAAUAAAAUUUUGCUCUUAUUUUUCUCAUGGUAUGUCCUGCAGCAUCAGAAAAAUGAAAAACAUGAUUUCUUUAGAGCGAGUCCUAAAUUCUUCAAAUUUAUUUUAUUUCAGAUAUUUUUGGAUUUUGUCAAAUCCAAAUAACAACAACUAUGUUAUAUCUGCUAUAUCUGUUGGCCAUCAGCCGACCCUCAGCGUCAGAAAAACUAAUCAGUUGAUCAAUAAUGUGAGUUUAGGUGAUCUGCCUGGAGCGGCAGUGUAAAUGCACAUUUAGUUUGUUUAUUUUUGGCAUCUCAUGAACACAAAGUCGUUUUACAGACAUCGUUGUAGUUUAGAAGAAAAGACUCUCUUAAACAUUAAACUUCAUUAACAGCGCUCAAGAAUAAACUCCCAAAAGACCAUUUAAACUGUUGGAAGGGCAUCCAGUUGACACAUUUAGAGUUUAUCCGCUGUAAAGGAAAUUAAGGGCUCUUUUUGUAGGGGCAUCUAGGGUCUCUUUUUCCUUUUUUAUGCAGACAUCAGUAUUUUAUGUUUAAUCAGUUUAAAAGGUAUCCCAAAGGUACAGAUCAACAUUUCAUAAUUGAAGGGCAUCCAGAGGGAACUAUUUGCAUCGCACAUGUUGAAACAGGAUCUAGAGGGUGCUUUUGUGUGCUGUUCUUUGGAAGGGUAUUCAAGGGUAUUUAUUUACAUAAUACAUAUGUUACGGGCAUCUAAAGGGCACUCAAUAUGUUACGUACUGGAAAGGCAUCCAGAAGACAGUAAUUUAUGUUAAAUUUAUUGGAAGGGUAUUCAGUGAGUAUGAUAAACAUUUCAUAUAUUUGACAGGAAAGGUCCUUUUUCCCAAAUGUAAUGUGGUAGAAGGGCAUCCAGGGAGUGUUUUUUUAUGUUGAAUCAAUAAGAAGGGCAUCCAGUGGAGAUUUAUCCUCAUUUUAUACAUUAAAGGACAUGUUGAAGGCUUUUUUUUAACAUAGUUUGUACCAGAAGGAAAUCCAGAGGGUAUUUAAUUCUGUUUGUUAUGUCUGGUAGGUGUAGAUAUUGCACUUUUUUUCCCAAUACAUACGAUGGAAAGGCAUUCGGAGGACACUGCUUUAUGUUUGAUCCUUUUGGAGGGUAAUCAGAGUUUUUAUAUAUAUAUAUAUAUAUGUUUUUAUAUUUUAGUGCUCUAAGAUGGCAGUUUUUCCCUAAUACUAGAAAAAGGAGUCAGAGAGAACUUUUGUUGGCUUUGUUUAAUGGAAGGGCAUCCAGGGAACCUUUUUUCCACCUUACAACAGCACCUUUUCAGGUAGGAUAAUCACAGAUCAGUAAAAAAAUCCCAAAAGACAUCCAGUCUAAUUUAAAAGCAGGAUGUGCCUCUCCUUUUUUGUCGCUAAUCUUUGGUAGCAGAAGUUUCCUGAAGGUUCGGUGUGUUCUGACGUUGCAGAUGGUGGAGGAGGGCUCCACUCUGAUACGCAGGAUGGAGAUCUGUGUCGCUGAGGCUGAGAAAAGAAGCGGGAAAAAUGCCGUAAACAUGCAGGAGACGUUUAGUGUAUAUCUCAUUGAAACGAGGUGAGAAUCGCACUUCACUGCUCGGUCAUCGUAGAGGAAGGCUGUGGUUCAGGUUGGACAAGUUGAUAAACAUCCAGCUCUGUGUUGCAUAAACCUACUUCUGUACUUUUAUGACUGUGCAAAAAGACGUAUGCUUUAUCUUGAAAGGCCAAUGGAUGCAGUCGCUGAAGGCCGUAACCUAGCGCCCGACUCUCUGUGGAGGAGGUACAGCGAGUUUGAGCUCCUGAGGAACUACCUGAUUGUGACCUAUCCUUACAUCGUGGUUCCUCCUCUGCCUGAGAAGAGAGUGAGUUUGAACCAAUCCAAAGUGUGUCUUCGCUGACCUUCAUUUUUAUCUUUUUGUUCUUUAGUCAAAUUUUAUGUCUUUUUUUAGUCCGCCAUGGUUUUCUUCUCCUAACAUAAAUGACACUAUGGUCUUAGCAGACAAGUACAGCGUAUGUGGGAGCAAAAACUCUCACCCAGGAUAAUCCUGAAGGAUUUAUGUCGCUAUCAGGAACCAUGUUUCUCCAGCCUUCGAUAAUCCGAUCAGAAAUUGUUGUUUUGCAUGCAGGCAGAGUUUGUUUGGCACAAGCUGUCUGCAGACAACAUGGAUCCAGACUUUGUGGAGCGCCGGCGUGUUGGACUGGAAAAUUUUCUGCUUCGUGUGGCCUCACAUCCAGUCCUAUCAAAUGACAAGAUCUUCUACCACUUCCUCACUGAGGUACAGGCUGCAGCUGUGGCUGAAGAGACCAUGAAGAGUUUCCAGUGAAUGUCUGAGUAAUUGUUUCUCUGCUGUGUUUGUCAGGAACACGACUGGAAAGAAGUUGUGUAUGAGACAGGAUUUCAGGCAAAGGUACAUCUCUGCAGCGUCUCUCUCUCCUCUCAAACAGAGACUCUGGAUGAUCAUAAAACUUAACUUCAUUUCUCCAACAGGCAGAUUCCAGACUGAGAGCGCUGAGUGCCACCUUCAGGGUGAGGAAUCCAGAUAAGUAAGUUAGAGUUUCACAGACACGCUGUAAGACGAGCUCAGGUGGAUUUUAAGGUUUGGAUGUGUGACUGACGAACUUUGAUGGUGAAGAUCAGAUGAAUUGAAGGGAUGUGUGUUCGUUCACACAUGAACUCCUCAUUGUUAACAUGCAUGAUUUAGGUUCACAGAAAUGCUCAACAAGAGUUCCGUUUUCAGCUGCCUCACUAAAACUGUAACUGUGGAUGAAUGUUUCCUCGUUUGCUCGGCUGACGGUCAAUAACAGGCUGUUCCUUCUCCCUCUUUUCUUUCCUUCAGGCGUUUUAUGGAGAUGAAACAUUACAGCGAUGAGCUGCAGUCUCACACGUCUCAGCUGCUCAGAGCUCGAGCGGUAAGUCUCUGUCUCUCAAACAGGAUGAACGCGUGUUCUUCGAAAAUUUAAACCUGCAUUUAGUAUUUGUGGCCACCAGGGGCAGCAGUAAUACGCUUUAAACUCGACACCAACAAUAAUGACGUCUGUGUAGUGAUCUUUGUAGAGGCGGGUCUAAGUUAAGUCCCUCUUCUCCUUUAGAGGGUCGCAGAUCGACUCUAUGGUGUUUAUAAGGUCCACGGGAACUACGGCAGAGUCUUCAGGUGAGAUACCAACUAUAUAUUUAUAUAUAUUUAUAUAUGUUUAUAUGUAUUUAUAUAUAUUUAUUUAUAUUUAUAUAUAUUUAUAUAUAAUUAUAUAUAUUUAUAUGUAUUUAUAUGUAUUUAUACAGUGGGCUCCUCAUUCAUGUGUCUGUGAGAAAGAAACCCUCCCUGGUAAUAAAAGUGUGUGUGUCUCCAUGUUUUGAGCGCAGUGAGUGGAGCGCCAUCGAGAAAGAGAUGGGAGAUGGACUCCAGAGCGCAGGUCAUCAUAUGGAUGCGUGAGUAUGAACACGUUAGAGACGUAGACGACCUGAAGAACUCUUCUGAGGAGAGUCCUUCGACAAAAACCCUCAUCUUCCUCAUUUUGGAGAGUCACACGUGUCAUUUAUGAUCUCUGCAGAUAUGCUGCUUCAAUAGAUGAUAUCUUAGAGGAGGAGGAGCAUUACGCCGACCAAAUCAAGGAGUAUCUCUUCUACGCCGAGGCUCUGAGGUGAGAGUCUUCAACAUCUUUAAAUGUUUUUGAGGCUUCUGUCGUUUAUGAGCUUCUGUUACGAGACUAUUUAAGGUCCAUAAAGUUCACACAGGUGCAGCAGCAGAGAUCUUUUCAGUGACAGAGAAGUUACACCUUUAAUUUGACACCAAGCUCAGCAGGAAUUAAGUCCCGAUUCAAGUUUUAUGGAAAAACUUUGAAAAAUCUUUGUUUAGUUAUUUAAAGGUUAACUGAGUGUGAGGAUGCCGGACCCAGGUCCACACCAGUGACCAGUUAGACUGGGUUUACUGGUUGCAGAUCUGGGUUUACUGGUUGCAGAUCUGGGUGUCACACAGACUGGUCUGAGAGGGUUCUGGUUUAUAAAGCCGUCCACAUUUUUAGACAUUCUGCUUCCAUCCUGUUGACAGUUUAGAGAGUCCAUGUAGGCGAAUAACAAAUCACGACAUAUUUUGGGAACCUGAGUGAUGGUAGCCGGGUGUUGAAGGUCCUGGUUUAGGAGGAUUUUCAGAGGCUCAUGGCGUCAGGAAUCUAGCACCAAAAGAUCUGAGGUAUCUGAGCUCCACCACCGUAAAGGCUGACAUGACUGGCUGAAGAAAAUCCUCCUGACUCUGUGAGAGAAGACAGCAGAUAAUGAUGAAUGUAAUACACUGACAGGGCGGUGUGCAGAAAACAUGAGCUGACCCAGUUUGAGCUGGAGAUGGCCUCUCAAGACCUCAUCUCUAAGAAGCAGCAGCGUGAGGAACUGGCCACAGGGGUAAAAAAAAAGACUUUUUUCCAGUUUUAGAUUUCAGGUUUUUAACGUCAGAGCCUGAUCAGGGACUGCAGAUGAUAAGGAUCCUAAAUGAUGCUGUUUGGUUGUUUUCGUCACCCUCAGAUUGUGCGGACGUUCUCCUUCAAAGGGAUGACCAACAAGCUUUUUGGCCAAGAAGCUCCUGAGCAGAGGGAGUCGAGGCUGAAGCUGCUGGAGGAAAUGAUCGCAGAGGGGGAGGAGACGGUGAAGGAGAAAACUGUGGAGUGCGAGUGAGUCAUGGCCUUUGAGUAGAGGUGUUACUGUAUGUUAGAAAAUCAGCCUCUGCAGUGGACAUAAAGGGGAAAAAGGAACAUUAAAUAUCUUCAUGAAUGUGUGUAGGGAGCAUGUUGAACGGGCGUGGGUGGACAUGCAGCGCUUCAGGGAGCAGAAAGACAAAGACCUGCGAGAGGCGCUCAUCAACUACGCCGUCAUGCAGAUCAGCAUGUGUAAAAAGGUGCAGAUCAUUGAUAUGAGAGUCACGUCAGACCUUUCAUGGUCAUUUUCAUCAUUUUAACUUUUAUUUUUUUGUCUUUCUCUCUGCAGGGAAUACAAGUGUGGAGCAACGCCAAAGAAUGUUUCCUAAAGAUGUAAAAGAAGCCAUAUCUAAAAAUGACGACUCUCGUUCAGGUCCGAAGAAGGUGAAGCAACAAAAUCCUUUUGUGUAAAUUAACACAAAAUUCCUUCAUGUGUCAUUAAUAUGUUUGGGUUUUUCACAGACGCUGCCAACAAAGCAGAAAAAGACGCUCAGUUGUACUAAAGCACAUUAAGCAUCUCGGACGUUCGACUCUUGAACCAAAAAUUCGGUUGUUUGACUUUUGAGAAGAGGGAGAGGUUUGGGUUUAACCUCCUGUUUGGUCAGCUGGGUAACAAGUCUGAUUUAUCCUGAGAGGAGUGUGAGAGUUUCACACUCAGGGUGUCUUGAUGAGACAGAAGUUAUUAUAAUUUAUUUUAACUACUAUAAUAAAGUUAUUUUAAUUCAUUUUAACUACUAUAAUAAAGUUAUUAUAAUUUAUUAUAACUACUAUAAUAAAAUUAUUUUAAUUCAUUUUAACUACUAUAAUAAAAUUAUUAUAAUUUAUUAUAACUACUAUAAUAAAGUUAUUAUAAUUUAUUAUAACUACUAUAAUAAAGUUAUUAUAAUUUAUUAUAACUACUAUAAUAAAAUUAUUAUAAUUUAUUAUAACUACUAUAAUAAAGUUAUUAUAAUUUAUUAUAACUACUAUAAUAAAGUUAUUUUAAUUUAUUUUAACUACUAUAAUAAAGUUAUUAUAAUUUAUUAUAACUACUAUAAUAAAGUUAUUUUAAUUUAUUUUAACUACUAUAAUAAAGUUAUUAUAAUUUAUUUUAACUACUAUAAUAAAGUUAUUAUAAUUUAUUAUAACUACUAUAAUAAAGUUAUUUUAAUUUAUUUUAACUACUAUAAUAAAGUUAUUAUAAUUUAUUAUAACUACUAUAAUAAAAUUAUUAUAAUUUAUUAUAACUACUAUAGUAAAAUUAUUUUAAUUCAUUUUAACUACUAUAAUAAAAUUAUUAUAAUUUAUUAUAACUACUAUAAUAAAGUUAUUAUAAUUUAUUAUAACUACUAUAAUAAAGUUAUUUUAAUUUAUUUUAACAACUAUAAUAAAGUUAUUAUAAUUUAUUAUAACUACUAUAAUAAAGUUAUUUUAAUUUAUUUUAACUACUAUAGUAAAAUUAUUAUAAUUUAUUAUAACUACUAUAAUAAAAUUAUUAUAAUUUAUUAUAACUACUAUAGUAAAAUUAUUUUAAUUCAUUUUAACUACUAUAAUAAAAUUAUUAUAAUUUAUUAUAACUACUAUAAUAAAGUUAUUAUAAUUUAUUAUAACUACUAUAAUAAAAUUAUUUUAAUUUAUUAUAACUACUAUAAUAAAGUUAUAAUUUAUUAUAACUACUAUAAUAAAGUUAUUUUAAUUUAUUUUAACUACUAUAAUAAAGUUAUUAUAAUCUUAAGGAGGUUUUUUAUUGUUUUCAGUUUAAAGACAAACCUGUAAAUUUUAACGAACAGUAAGCUGCAACAAGAUUUCUGUUUGUUUGUUGUUAACUUGAACCUUUUGUCCUUUUUAUUAUCAAAACAUAUAUUUGCCAGUAAUAAGCUUUUUUUUGUGACGUUCUCUCUUCUUCAAAUUUUCUACAUUUAUUUAUUUUCUGUUUGUUUAAAUAAAAAUGUGUUUUGAACCAAAAAA